AUGGAAUCUGGACAGUUAUCAAAUGUUGAACCUAAAAAGUCUGCUUUAGAAGAAAGGGCUGAAGUGCAAAGCAGAAUCGCAGACUCAAUAUCAGAAUUCAAAAGCACUUUGGAAAGCAUGAAAAAAUGCAGAGCUGAAAGCCAAGAAGAAAAGCAAAGGAAAUUAGAAGAAAAGAAAAAGCAAAAAAGAACACAAAAACUUUUUGCCACGAAAAUUGAUGGCUUGAAGAAAAAGAAAGAUUUUCUGGGAACUGUAGCAUCACAGUAAGGAUAAAUUAGGGAAAUAUUUUCAAAGACAACGUUUUUGGAGCAUGGACCGCUAUUUACAGCACAUGAAAAAGAUAUGAUUACUUCGCCUGUAAAAAUUUGGGAAAAAGGACAUACAUGGGUUCCUACUGAUGAUGUAAGCUAAUAUGUAGCGGCAUGUAUAUUUUGAAACAACUUUAAGGGCAAAAGAAGGAAAAUAG